CCAGCAUACCAAAGCUGUCUUCCAGUGAAUUUGUAGCAACCAACGAAAGAAGAAACCGUCAAAAGAGAAGAUGGCGAGGGGUGGUCGCAGCUUGAGGAGAGUAGCAGAUUACCUGAAGCAGUUACCAACCACAGCCAGCUGGGAAAUAAAGAACAGGAACGCCGUCAGAUACCUGUCGUCAUGUGGGAUCCUGAUGACGCGUGUGCCCCCCAUGCUGGGUGCAGCCAUGCCAGGGCGCGCUGUCGUACUUCCUACGCGCAACUUCUUCAACCUCACCGACUCUUUCUCCAAAAGGAAGGAGUACUCAGAGAGACGCAUCAUUGGGUAUUCCAUGCAGGAGAUCUAUGACGUGGUAGCUGGUGUGGAAAACUACCGCGACUUUGUUCCCUGGUGCAAGAAAUCUGACGUAGUGUUCAGGCGUUCUGGUUUCUGUAAGGCCAAGCUAACGGUGGGCUUUCCCCCUGUGGUGGAGAACUACACAUCCCUCAUCACGACAGUACGACCUCACCUGGUCAAGGCAUCCUGUUCAGAAGGUAAGCUGUUCAACCACUUGGAGACGGUUUGGCGUUUCAGCCCGGGCCUGCCUGGUUACCCCCGAACCUGCACUGUGGACUUUGCUAUCUCUUUUGAGUUUCGCUCCCUCAUUCACUCCCAGCUCGCCCACGUUUUCUUUGACGAGGUAGUGAAGAAGAUGGUGUCGGCAUUUGAACGUCGUGCCUCCAAGAUCCACGGAGCAGAGACACCCAUCCCUCGUGAGCUCAUGUUCCACGAGGUUCACCACACGUAGCAACAGUCGCCUGACAGCGUGAACACAGACACACAAACACAACGCCAAAGAGACAGAAGACACUUCCUGUGCUCGAAGUGAAAACUGCAGUGCCUUUCCUACGACAAUGUAAUUAGUUUAUAGAGCCAGUGUUGAUCUGGCAGCUGAUUGUCACCUUGGUGCUAAACUCCUGAAAAGUCUAGUGUCAGAGUUUGAUCUGGCCCUGAACCCAGCUGUGUGACAUCACAUUAGGGACGUCCCCUCUCCCUGUCAGCCAGUUACAGACACGACUGAAAACCGAGACGAAUCGGUGCUCCACCAGCACUGUGUCACUCACUGCUAGAUUAUUUGCACAGUUCUGACAUUUGACAUUAGAUCGUCAAAGAAGAUGCCUUCGUAUCUGAUAAAAGGCAAGUGAAAGUCCUGCUGGAUUCGGUGUGUCAGUAUUUUAUAUGUUUUUAAAAUGCUGAAUGGUUUUCUACAGAUUUUUUAAAAUACCCUUUAAGGGUUUUUUGACACUUUUCAGCAAACUCCUGCUAAUUCCAGCGCGUCGGGAUUUGAUCCCCUUCCUUACAAGUCAUUGGAAUAGGUCAUAAUGCACUGAGAGAAUUAUUACUGGGCAUUUCUGAGCUUUUCAUCAACAGGUAGCAGUUUUUAUUUUGGUCACUAUGAAACAUUUUCUAAUCUCUGGCUUUAUGUAUAAAACAGAAAAGGGUUAGAGAAUUAUAUUUUAAAAGUCUAAAUCAAAUAAGAAAUUUUAAAGAACAUAUAAGCUAACCAUUAGCAUAGUAGCGAUCUAACAUGACUAAAGUAAUCGGGGUGGGCUGGGGUGUUUAUAAUGUAAAAAGGAGAUGAUAUAAAACCAGAAGCACUGAUAAUCAGUGACCCUUCAUCUGAAGCAUCCCAAACAUCAGGUCCACGUGGCGUUAAGGUUCAACUGGAACCUGGAUGCUUAUCUGGGUCAUCUUGUACUCCAAAGGGCACAAAAAUAAAGUAUUAAGCCCCCCUCGACCCCCAGACACACCAUCUGAACGGUUGUUACUUGAUGUUCAAGUGGAGGCAGUUUGUAACGCUCUGUACUCCAAAGCUCAUGAUUAUCAGUGUUGGAUCCUGGAGCUGUUAGAUCAUGCACCAUGAGGUGUGUGUGUGUGUGUGUGUGUGUGUGUGUGUGUGAGUGAGUCUUGUUCUGUUAGGUGUUAUGUAUCUAAUGUCUAAAGGUUCAGCCAAGCAAGCAGCCCCCACCCCAGUCCAUGUGUUGGUGUCAGGGUCCAAACCAGCAGCUGGUCAGACACCACGGGCUGACAUUUGUUAGACUCCAGAGGGCGGAUGCUUUAAACGUCUGCUUCCAAGUCUUUUAGCUUAACUAAGCUUCAGAUGUGCUUCGUCAGUCUCGGUGGAGCUUAGAUGAAUUCAGUCACAGCAAGACGACAGGUUUCCUGUAUCUACAACCUCCCCUUGGAUGCUGGGAUUCUUCCCAACAGAAAUAUGACCGUCACCGACUGACCCGAGUUUUAGCAUCCGUUUGAUAAAUGUGGGCCCAGACCUCCCAUCACCGUGAUCAUGUUUCCAUGACAACUUGAGAAACGGUCACAACUUUACCUGUUGGACCUGCUCUUUGCCUCCAGGCAGUGAAUUUAUCCAGUUUUAAAGGAACAUUACUCAUUUUAUUUAUUUUUUAGUUUAAAUGUAAUCUUGCAUUAGAAACUGCUAGAUGACACCUAUGUUGUUAAACACAGGUGGUUUCUGCCUUGUUUGUAUUUCACAUAUGCUGCAGUUUUCUGUCCCGUCUCCUUUAUCUGCUUUAUAGAGACUGAUUGUAAAUGUUAACUCAGGCGGCUUGGUGUGUAUAUAUUAGUUUUGCUAUUACUUUUAUCUGUACUCUGUAGAUGACUUGUUUCAUGUCUGCUUUCGAGUUUGUGGAAAGAAUUUGGGAUAUAAUUGUCUGCUGACUGAUGUCAUGUGCCAGCUGCAUGCUGUAUAAACUAUUUUUUUUCUAAA